UGCCACUUUGGCACCACACAGAACCGACCGCCCUAUUGCUGAUCUAUCCACUUCCACCAUAGUAGCUGAACACCAGCACCGGCAGUGGCCUAGGGGACUUCAAAACGACGACGUAUUGAUAAUGACAAUGGCAUCUCCAGCUUUGCUCUGCAACAACAUUUGUACUCGCUUCUGGGUCUCAUCACUGUGUCAGACUCGGUAUCAAAUGCAAUUGCAUCAACGAAGAAGACCAUCCGUCAACUUCCACACACAACACAACGCCUCCUUACGUUUUGCUCCUCUAGUCUGCCGUGCCUCUCCGCGGGAGGAGAAGGAGGUGGUGGUGGAGGGUGAUGACGGUAUGCGGCGGCUCCUUCAGAUUCUUCUGUGGGGUGCUGAGGGGAUCUAUAUCUUCUGGCUCUUUCUCCUGCCAUAUGCGCCUGGUGAUCCUGUAUGGGCCAUCAGUUCGUACACAGUCAAUUCUCUUAUUGGUCUUUCUCUCAAUUUCUUUUUCAUCUUGCCUUUGAUGAACUCUGUUGGCAUUCAUCUGAUUGAGUCCCCAGUGCUUCACCCGAUGUCUGAAGGACUUUUCAACUUUGUUAUUGGAUGGACAUUCAUGUUUGCUCCUUUGCUAUUUACAGACUAUAAGCGAGACAGAUACAAGGGGUCUCUGGAUGUCUUAUGGGGCUUCCAGAUGUUCCUUACAAACACAUUCUUAAUACCAUACAUGGCUAUUCGGCUGAAUGAUGAAGAUGCAGAGUACAUUCCAAGAAAGCCCUCUCGAUUGGGCUCUGUGAUGAUCCACGGUGCUCCCAUUGUUGGACUGAUUGGUGGGGCUGUGUGUUUGAUAUCUGCAUUGUGGGCAUUCUUUGGUCGACAGGACAGUAAUUUUGGGAGUAUAGCUGACAGAUUGGAGUUCUUGGUAAGCUAUCUGGGAUCGGAGAGGCUGGCUUAUGCUUUCAUUUGGGACAUAUGCCUUUACAUAAUCUUCCAGCCUUGGUUGAUAGGUGACAACCUACAAAAUGUUCAGAAAAGCAAGGUAAGCUUUGUACGUUAUCUCAGAUUUGUCCCUGUGAUUGGCCUGAUUGCCUACCUUCUGUUUUUAAAUCUUGAUGAGGAGCCAUAGCUAGCCGCAGCAUUACUGGUUUUGUAUAUCAAAUAAUUAUCUUAACAGGAAUUAAACUCAAUUUGAAUGGAGAACUCCAUUUAGGACUGUUCUUUGUAUAAGGAACAAAAAAUGGACACAUUCUGUUUAUUUGGCUUCUGAAUCCUUUUAUAGAAUAUCAGCAGAGACCCUUUUGUA